AUGCUGUGUCAGAGAUCCGAACGCCAGUCGAUAAAACAAAACUCACGCGAUCGCUCAAAACAAUGGCGCGAUCGGUUUCAAAAACAAUGUCGAGACCGAAUAACAUCACAACGUUGGAAUUUGGUCGAUCAAAAGCGACAAGAGAAGCUUUGGCAGCUAACCGUACAAGACGAGUGGGAAAACUUUAAGCGAAUGCACGAGGAAGCAUUAAAAGAAGAAGGAAUUCUUGACCCAGACCUCUUUUUCGAAGAAAUGGAUGAAAUGCAUCGUCAACAACACCCUACAUCAACGCCCUCUAUACCACCAUCCACGACUACACCCAUCGAACAACAUAUUUAUGAAGACUAUGAUCCUGAAGCCGACUACAUCCACUUACAUUCCACUCCUAUACUCAUAUGUGUGAACUGUCAAGACGCGUCUUUACAGCAAGAGGAUGGGACGGACAAGCUGGCUUGUCCCAAAUGUAGAUUCAGUGCAUCAGAAAAGACCUUUCGAGCUAUUCAAAAUGCAGUCAUCCAACAUAGUCAACAAUGCCCAGGUCGCAUCGUUUAUGCUCCUGAACCAGGGAGUGAUGGAACCUCUAUCCUUGGCGUCUGCAAUACUUGCGACACAAUGGAUGUCUUUUAA